AUGGUGGCGUAUAAAGACGGCGAGUUUGACGUUGAUCAGACGCUGGCCAAUUUUGGGUACGCCGACAUGUCAUAUAUGCAAGAACAAAACACGACCAAUGCCACAACAAAUGCGCAAUUGCAUGGUCCUGCUCCAAACAUUCAGGCUGGCCACAAUGGCACGAGCUACAUUGGGAACACCAAUGAUCCGAGCAAUGUCGGUCAUCAUCCGCUGAUGGUGUACGAGAACGGUGAGUUCAACGUUGACCGCUCGUUCGCCAAUCUUGGCACAGACCUUGAGGCACUUGUCCAAGAACGGUACGCGGCCAAUGCCACGGCAAAUGCACAAAUGCCAUCGCAAUUGCAUCGGAGUGUUUCACCUCCUCAACCUCGACCACUGCAGCAGCAGCAGCAGCAGCAAAAUAGCAACCCAAACAAUCUGGACAGGUAG